AUGGUCUUACCUCUGUUUGCCCGGCUGCCACCUACAGUGACUCAGUCAUCUCCGGCCAUAAACCUCUUCUGCUUUUACCAGCUGGUUUAUAAGUACUUCUUCCUAUGUUUUUUCAUGUUGCCUCAGCACAACAAGCUGUAUCCCAAACACACAGGGAGAGGUCAUGUGGGUCUCUUUAGCUCACCAUCCAUUCACAACUUGUCACGUAUUGGGACUCACGGGUAUGAACUGAAGUCAUACUCCUCAUGUGGACCACCACAAAAAAUUUCAAAUGGAGAAAUUAGAGGACAAGAAAAGACCACAUACCUAACAGGAGAAGAAGUAAUUUAUGAUUGUGUUCGCGGCUUUACAGUGGGUAAUAAUGCAAAUUUUAUCACCUGUGAGAACGCUGCUUGGACAGAACCACCAGAAUGCAGAAGAAUUGGACAGUCUUGCGGUGCACCACCAGUAGUCCAAAAUGGAGAUGUCCCAGACCUAAGAAAACUGAGCUAUCCAUCAGGUUCUUCUGUAAAAUAUAAGUGUGCAAAUUAUUAUAAAAUGGAAGGCAAAGAAACCAUUACAUGUAGAGAUGGAGAAUGGGAAAAAGAGCCAAUCUGUAGAGUACCCUGCACAGUAAGAGGCAUUGACAUGCAACAAAACAAUAUUAGGUUCAAACAUAUAGACAAUAACAAAUUAUACAGUGAACAUUUUGACAAUAUGACAUUUGUGUGCAUACCAGGAUAUAAGAUAUCUGAUGAAAAACGUUUACGAAUUCAGUGUUUGGAUGGUGUGCUAAAAUAUCCAAAAUGCAGAAAAAAAGGUUUCUGUGUAUUACAACAAACAGAAAUGUCUCGUAAUAAUAUCCAUUAUAACAAAAGCAAUGAGAUUGAAAAUGGACAAACCAUUGAAUUUGAAUGUGUGGAAGGGAUGGUACCAGAAAAUGGCCUGAAAGAAACAUGUAAAAAUAAACAAAUAACGUACCCAAAAUGUUCUACUGGACGGCCAUGCCUUCCCCCAAAGAUUUCAAACGCAUUGAUUUCUCCUAAAAAUGAAGAUGGCUACGAAUCUGGGUCUUCAAUAGAUAUUAAAUGUGAUGACACAUAUGUGCUUAAUGGACACAUAAGUGUGAAAUGUGAGAAUGGUAAAUGGGAUGAGCUUCCACAAUGCUUUAAGCCUUGUACAAUAUCUGCCAAACGUUUGGAUGAAAAUCACAUUGAGAUAAAGCCAUCAGAGAAUCCUCCAGAGAUACUUGAACACGGCACAGAAGUAAAUGUAAAAUGCAAGGCCAAUUUUAGACGCCCAGGGUCUUUAACAGCUUUGUGUUAUGAUGCAGUAAUGAAAUAUCCAAGAUGUUUCUCCGGUGAAAUUUGUCGCAUAAACCAACAGAGUCUUGAUGAUAACUUCUUAGAGCUGGAUGAAAAACAUGACAAUGAGGUAUUUUAUGGAGAAGGAGAAACUGUCAGCUUUAAAUGUAAAUCUGGAUAUAGUAACAGAACUGGACUGACUGGAACAUGUACUAAACCAGAAAAAGAAGCUAAUUAUGGACUGACCUAUCCUGUUUGUACAUGUAAGUAA